AAAAUAAAAAUUGAAGACAUUAUUUGAAUAUAGGCAUCUUCUCAUUCAUCUCAAAAACACAAACACACUUUGGCUCUGCGUCUCCUCCUAUCAGUCUAUCACCACCUCCACUUCCUCUUCUCAAUCUCUUCUGCAGGAUGACAGAAGCAACAGAAGCACCGUUCAGACCAAGAGAGAAGCUUCUUGAGAAGCAAAAAUAUUUCCAGAAUAUACGCAACCAUACUCACUUGAAAGGUCCCUAUGACAGGAUUACCUCUGUUGCUAUACCCCUUGCUCUUACCGCAGCUUCCCUUUUUAUGAUUGGACGCGGGAUCUAUAAUAUGUCACAUGGAAUAGGAAAGAAGGAAUGACUUGACUAUUUCUGAUGGAGGAGGUGUUUUGUAAUACAUACCUAACAGAACCUCCUCAUUAUGGACGCGAUUUUCUUUGUAUCCAUUCUUUUCUCUUAAUAAAAUUGCAUAAUUGCAGAAUUUGACCACCAUUGUGGGUUUAUAACUUGAGUGAUAAUGGUUCAUUGUUUGUUUGAUAUAAUCAAUGUUUUAUGACUCAAUCAAACAGCUGAUUUUUGCUGGUUUUUUA